AUGCUCCUCCAGGGGGCAUCUGAUGCCAUCAUUUACCGAGCGUUCCCUCCUACUCUUACAAGGGCGGCUCGACAGUGGUAUUCAAGCUUGAAGCCGACUUCCAUCCACUCUUUUGAGAUGUUGUACCGAUCUUUCGUCGAUCACUUUGUCAGUAGCCGACGACAGCAGAAGCCCGAUUACCUCCACACCAUCAAACAGAAGAAAGGCAAGUCGAUGCGCACUUAUGUUAACCAUUUCAAUGCGGCGACCUUGGAAAUUCACGAUCUGGACCAGUCGACAACGAUGGCCGUAAUGAUGGGCUGCCUACUGAAGAACAAUUUGAAAAAAUCGUUGACUAAGACUUAUCAUCGGGACUUCCUGGACAUGCUUGCCCGUGCGGAGAAGUAUGCCCACAUGGAGGAGGUUUUUGUAGAAGAGACCCAUGGUGGCAAGGCAAAGUAA